AUGACAAGACAAGCGAGAAACAGAUUCAAUCUUAUAGACAUCCUCCAAAUCCUCAGUGGACUCCUCCUCCUAAACGCCUUCCUAUCAUGGUGGUUCACAUCCACCCCUACUUGGGGCUAUGAAGGAAAAUGGAUCAAUCCAUCCUACUUAAAACAUCGUUUCAUCUCCCCCACCCUCCUCAAUCUAAGCAUAUCCGAACUAGCAUUAUACAACGGGACCGACUCAUCAUUACCCAUAUACGUAGCCGUCAAUCAUCGAGUAUAUGAUGUGACUGCGGGAACCAGGAUGUAUGGCCCAGGAGGACCCUAUAAUAAAUUGAGUGGAAAAGACGCCAGUCGUGUCUAUGUGACUGGAUGUUUUAUGAAUCCUGGGGAAUUGACUUAUGAUUUGAGAGGAUUGGAUGAGAAGGAAAUUAAGGAAGCAUUGGAUGGUUGGGUAUGGUUUUUUGAAAAUAAUGAAAGAUAUUGGUAUGUUGGGGAGGUGACAUGA